AGCAGCUGUACCCAUCCAGCGCAGACUCCGGCUAUUCUCAAUAUGGCUGUCUAUUGUACCCAAAUCCGCUCGUUUUGCGUUGCAACGCGCUCGCCGCCAUACUCCAGCAUGCGAUCAAUGCGCCAAGGACAUCAGCCGAUCGCAAUUUAAACAGCCGAAUUUAUUUUCGAAUGUGACGCGCUAGACGUUAUCAACAUGGCCGAUACAUGUACCGCUGUCACGUGCUUCCUGAUCGUCGCGUCUAUCUCCAUGGUCGUAAGCAUCAAUGGCCAACUGUUAACUACGGAACAUCGAACUCACGCAGCGUCGGAACGAGCAAACGAUUUAUGGUGUCAUCAGUGUGAUACAAUGGAAGAUGGAGAGAGAUGCGCCAAUCUGACCGGAAACUUCACCACUUUCGGGCACAAGUGCACUGGUGACAAAAGGACCUGUAUGGUAAAGCGGUUUUCUUACACUACCAGCACCGAAGAUUCAAUGUCUAGUCCACAAACUUGGUCGGUGGAAAGAAAGUGUACUAACAAAUGCGACUCCGGAUGUAUAGUGGUCGGUGAACGAACAAAACUCUCCGCUUGCACCACUUGCUGCGAGAAAUCGUUUUGCAAUAUCGGUACCGGUGCUGCGAACGAUCUGACGAUAAGAGGGAUCGAUCUGUUUCUAGCUAUAGUAUUACAAAUUACAUUAACAAUUAUCAUGUAUCCGUCCUGACAUUGCAGACGAAGUAACACACGAUCGUGAAUCAUUUUAGUCGCCGAUGAGAAUAAUUGGUUCCAUUAACGCGUUUAUACGUACAUUGUAACAUACACUGUAAUAUUACACAACAACACGAUACAUAAGAUUUGUCGCAUUACCAAUGAAAAUGCUGUUUUCAUUUUAUAAAUGUGUACAUGGAGUUUCAUUCCUUAUGUGUUUCAUAAUAAUAUUACGAUGAAUAUUGAUUAAUAAGUGAAUAAAAUUACGACGAUAUCGAUAAUACGAAGCUCAGAAAUAAGAAAAUAAUAAUGAUGUUCUCGUUCUACUGUCGAUAAAUCAAAGAACAAUUGAUAAUAUAAAAAGGGGAUGUUCUUAAGAAUACGAUGCUCAUAAUUAUAAUAAUUACAAAUACAAUCAAAUCUACGAGAAUGAGAUUUAAAACACUGCUAAGUUAUUACUCGAUCGUUCAACGAACCAAUGUAAUUUAAAUUGUAAAUUUUAGAAAAAUUGUUAUAGCAAUACACUACCAAUAAAUUAUAUAAAGUAACAAA